ACUUUUUUGUGUAUAAUUACAUUCAUUCUUGUAUUGUAUAGAGGAAAUGGCAGAAUCGUCAGUUAAAGAAGGAUUUACAGGAGAAUCUAUGACAGUAGAAGAAACAAAUGCGCUUCGUCGUUCUCUAGGACUUGCACCACUUUCAGAAACAGUAGAACCAGUGGAGGAUCCAGCUGUUGCUAAUUUUAAAGCAUUUCGAGCGGCAAAAAUUAAAGAGGAGGAGACACGGUCGAUUCAAGAACGAAUUCGAAUGGCCAAAGAAACACGAGAAACACAGCGUCGAUUUACGGGAAAAGGUCUUGGAGAGGCGAGUGAUGAUGGUGAUUUAGAUUUGCGUUCAUGGAUCAUGAAUCAUCGAAAACGUAAUUUUUCUCAUGCUACUGAUAAAGAUAAUACUGUUAACUCAAAUUCGGAAAAAAAACAAAAGAAGAAUGAAAAAGAAGAGUAUACAUCUGAUCAACUCGAGGGAAUAAAAGUGUCUCACGAUUUUACUGAUAUUAAUGAAGGAGAGGCUAUGGUUUUAACGCUUAAGGAUAGUACUAUUCUGGAGAAUGAAGAUCAAGGUGAUGAAUUGGAAAAUAUUGGAUUGGUUGAGAAGGAAAAGUUAGAAAAGAAUUUAGAGAAUAAAAAGAAAUUCGUUUAUACAGGCUAUGAUGAUGACGAAUUUUCAGAGGAUAAUCCUAAAACGAUUCUUUUUCAAUAUGAUGAGAAAGUAAAGAAGGGAUUUAUUAUUGGGAACGCAUUCAAAGAGCCUCAAGAGGAGGUAUGGAAGAAGGGUCUUCAGGAAACAUUUUCUUUGAAUCAUACAUCUGUUGAAAAUACAUCAUCGGAUUAUCAAGAUAUUUCCCAAAUUGUUAUUAAAAAGACUAAGAAGAAGGCAAAUAGAAUGAGAAAGGUUGAUCAUGAUUUAAUUGGAGAAUCAAUUGAUACGAAAAAUAUAGUGCGAAAUAGCGAUAAUAUCGCAUCUCAUAAAGACUUGAAUUUUGAUAAUGUAUCCUUUGUGGAUGAUGAUGAUUUACAAGCAUGCCUUGCUCGACAGAGAGAAGCUUCUAAGCGUAAAAAGGUUUCGCAUCCUGAAAACGUUGCGAAAUUAGUAAAAGAACAAAUAUUAGAGGAAUCGAAAGAAGAUGGAGAUAAAAAUAAUGAGGGACUUAUUAUUGAUGAAACAACAGAGUUUGUUCGUGGAAUUCAAGCUACUGAGUCGAGGGAAAAGCCGAAAGUAUUUGAAAAUAUUGAGUAUAUACAGAAUUUGGAAACUCGGGAAAUCGUAGAUGAGAAUUCAGAAGAUGAAACAAAAGAAAGUCCUUAUGAUGAACCUGAUAAUUAUACGAAAAAAAUUUCAACAACAGGAAUUGAAGAUGAAGCAGAUAUUAGUUCUGGUGUUGGUGCUGUUUUUAAUUUACUUAAACAAAAAGGUAUUAUUAAUAAGCAAACUGAUGAGGCAUUAUCGGUUCAGAAGGCUCAACAUGAGCAUUCUCUUUUCUUAGCAGAACAAAAGAAGUUAAAGAAAAGAUUAGAAGAAGAAGCUAAAUAUAGAAAAGAAAUGGAUCGUUGCAGUGGAAAAUUAGAUAGAAUGACUCCUCGUGAGAGGGAAUUAUAUCUUCAAUCUGAAAAUCAGCGUCAUGCAAUGAUAGAAGCACGUGAACUACAAAAACUCUUUUCAAAAUGGACACCUGUAAUUCAAUUAAAGUAUAAUGAUGAGUUUGGAAGAGAAAUAAAGGACAAAGAAGCAUACAAAUUUUUAUCUCACCAGUUUCAUGGAAAAGGUUCAGGUAAAGCUAAGGUUGAUGAACGGCUUAGAAAAUUAGCCGAAGAGAAAAAAAAAGAACAACAAUCUAUUUUUUCAUAUAACAAAUAAGAUAUUCUUUCAUAUAUGUUUAUUUGUUUUACUAAUUAUAUGUAC